AUGCUCCAAUACUCACUGCUGAGCGGAAGAUUUGGAAAUGUCCCGAAUGCAGUGCCGCGAAAAAAAGGUGGGGAUCACAGUCUUACUCCAAUUCGAGUUAGUUCUGAAAAUGUUACCACACGUAAAAAGCAGGACUCUGUGGGGUCUGAAAUGAUCCAACUCACUGAACAGCUGCGCCUCCUUACCAGUGAAUUGUGCUCCGUUAAAACGAAAUUAAAUUACCUGACUCAAUCAAUUUCUAAUACAAACGAGCGAAUGGACGAUAUUAUGUAUAUUAUCGCAAUCACUAAUGAGAAAAUAAAAUACUUAGAAAAACUUGAUGAAGACGUCCAAAAUUUGCAGGUUACAGUGUCACAACUGCAAAAUGAACUAAAAAUACAAGCUCAAUAG